AUGAAGUACCAAGUCGAAACUCAACCUCUUCCAUACUCAACAAUCAUUCUUCAUUGUUUGAAGUAUCCGUCGAAAGGCGUCUUCGGACUAUUGAUUGGCAACAAGAAAGGAGAUAAAGUCACGAUCACUGGAUGUGUCCCUCUCAGUCAUGAAUCUACUCCACUUGCACCUCCGCUCGAACUUGCUACCUCUCUCGUUCAUGGAAAAUUCGGAGCCUCACUCGUCGGUGUCUACUUUUCUAAUUCAACCCCAUCAGACACUUCCCUUAACGUGCAUGCCACCCGACUUGCCGAUAGAAUCUCCAAUGUCACUUCAUCACCAGCCGUUCUUGUACAAGUAAUGAAUGAAAGACUUGUCUCUGACUGUGAGCAAGAUCGACUGGUAGCCUACGAGAAAGAUGGAGAAAGCUGGAAAGAAACAAAGCAAAAUCAUCUCGACAAUCCGGAAUUCGACUUUUACAAUACCAAUCUCAGCAACAAACUAGUUCAGGUCGCGGAAUUCCGAUCAUAG